AUGCUGAGGAUAGGUGCACUCAGAAGCAGCGCAAGAUUAUACUCCACGAGCAAAGACAAGUUCAGCGCACCGAUCGUAGAGUCGUUGAAAGGCGGAACAGCACUCGAGGAGCCUACACCCGGAAUAGCCCCACAUGAAAAUGCACAGGACGCGCGAGAGGCCAAGGAAGACACCCCAGCUGGACCCACUCUCGCCGACGUCGAGCAUCUUUCUCCAGAAGACCUCGGUGGCGGUGAAGUGGGUGAGAGAGCUCUGGGAGAUAAGGGCCAGCAGAAGGAUAAAUAG